ACGUUACCGUAAGACACUUCGGUGAAAACGGCCUUCUUUUAAAAGUCCAGGGGGAAGAGUGGAAGGACCCGGUCAAAACCCAAGGAAAGGGGGCAGGAUCGAGCUCAGAGGACGAACAAUUACACAGUAUUCUUUCCCAGGGGGCUCCAGUUCAACCAAAGUCCAGGUUUGGAAAUAGUAUAUUUAUCGAUGGGUUCAAAUUCACAGCUAACUAGCCGUCCUGUUUCGCUCCAGCUAGUUUUAUGUUUAACGUAGGCUAGUUGGCUCGAAGCUAACUAGCUAGCUUGCUUCGCUUGAGCUCUUAUACGCUCAUUCAUUGUUUUACUUCUCUAACCUUACUCUGUUAGUUAUAGCGUGAAACCAGUUAUCAUACCGAUGUGAAUUUAAACGAGUGUAAUGUGUAGCUAACUGCUUGGGCCCGUCUCUUUUCUGUCUCUUCCUGAAUGAUAAGGUGCAGCUCAGAAAAAGGUCUCCACUGCCCGAGAACGUCAGAAAAUAAAGAAAAUGGCGGAGCCAGACAAAUUAAACAUCGACUCUAUAAUUCAGCGCCUCUUGGAAGGUGAGGAGGACCGAACCCACAGCGAAGCACUGUCAUUUAUUUAGAUUAUAGCAUAUCAUGAAGGGAUUGAAAUCUGUGUUUUAUACAGCAGGUAAGUGGGCUGAAGGCAAAGGCAGUAAUGCUGUAGUAACGUCAGCCUACUUCAAACUGCUUUGCUCGCUAUCACCAUGGUUGGAUCUGGAUGAAAGGCUAGAUCAGCUCGACUCUUUUCAUUCUGGUUUGUGGAGGGGAUGUCAUUUUUCCGGUGUAGCCAUGAAUAUUUAUUGUCAACAGAGAGGCUCUGGUAGUAAAGCAUUGUAUGUAUAUUCAAGGGGAAGUUGUUGGUUGCAAGAAAAAAGGGGAACAACACAGUAAACACUAAUUAAACCUCCCAACUAUUUCCUUUCUUUGAGUGAUAAAUUUGAUUUUCACAUAAGUGCACGUACUUGGCUGAGAUUUCAUAGUUACUACAGCAGGAAUUACUGAAAUAAGCUGUGCUGUGGGGACAUUUUUAAUGUGUCUUUGAAUGUUGCUGUAAGGCAUCAUUACGUGUAGCUGCGUUUUACAUUGAUCGCCACUGUUAACCGUUCAGUGGCUUGAGUUUGUUUUUUACCCCCUUUUUUGCCUCGUCCCACCAGAGCUUCUCAUUUACAGGGUGGACUCUCCUGUGUUGUGCUUACUGUUUAGCUGUUGCGGAUCUGAUUACGAUUUGUAUCCACAGCCUUCCCAUGGGGUGCCUUGUUAAUGAGGUGUACAAACAAAGAUGCUUUGAUUGGCACAUUCUCUCUGUAGUACUGUGUGGAACUGCUGAUUGGCCCUCUUUGCUGUUACACAGCCACUUUUGUAGGAAUACAUGAAGUGCUUACAUCAUUCCUUUCCCUAUAAAGCAGUGUUGUCAGUCUUAUGUUGCCCCCACAAAAAAAAAAAGUCUCCACAGGUGCAUUUAUUGAAAUUGUCGUCAAAGCGUUGUUCUUCUAUCACUCAAACUGGGUUAAGUGCAUAAUUUAGUCAAGAUAAAAAUGCAUUAGAAUGGUUUGGCAUUAAUAAAAAACAGGCACAAGCAGUUUUUUGGCCUAAUGGUGAAUCUUAGCUGUGCAAAUACCAUCUCUAAGUAGUGGGCUUUACACAUCUGCUUACACUCGGUGUACAGUGUGUGGAGACAGAUUUGUUGUGAUUUCAGCUGUGUGUAUGUCCUAUGAGGGAAAACAGGCCUGUUUUUAUCUUCACAUCCACAUGAUGAUUGUGUAACAGGAGCCCAGAGGACAUCAAACAGAAACAUAAAUCUCUUCACACUCAACUGUACAGUUCUUCGGAAGAGCACAAGAAAUAUGGUUGUGACCUCUGUUGUUGUCCUUGUGAGGCAAGUACAGUGGGUGCACAAAUAAAGCCUGCUUCACAUGUAAACAUCAGUAUUUCCCCCAUUGAACCGCUGUCACAGAGAAUUUUUUGUUUGAUUGUUCCACUGGAACUACAUCACAUAUGUUAGUAUUGGUUUUUUGUGGCCUGUGUAAGUUGUGAUGCAGAAAUGUUCACCCCUCCUGGUAUCAGAGGAUGAUUCUUUCUUGACCUUUGGUCUGUAAAUGAGAAAUACUUGGUGCAGAGAAUGUUCCCAGGCUUCUAGAUGUAAAUGUGACCAUUGCCCUUUGUUUAUUUACCUCCUUACGUACAGACUCCUCAUGAUCAGACUGAGCUGAGCCCUUGGAGGUAAUCAGGAUUAUACACAAAUAUGCAUGUGCAGUCAUAGCGCCUCCAGGGAGAUUGACUUUCCCUGUGGACCCUGUCAGCUGCUGUACUGUUUAGUGCAUGGAUUGUUAUACUUGGGCCAUGAUAAGGUUGUCUGGCAAACACUGGAGAAGACAAACAAACCUGACUUUGGCAAUAUUUAUAUCCUCUUAUGUAACUCACUUGACCUUUUUUCCUCUGCAGUUGUGGUUUUAUUGCUUUGACUAACCCAUGCCUGUUAAGAGGUAACUGUUGUCUAGAUCUACUUUGUUAAAGACGACUUGAACACUUGCUUUCUGCCAGUGACGAAUCAAUUAUUGAUAAAUUAUAAACGGCUCACUGUCCUGUGGACAACAAGGUUACCCUCCCUGUGACUGACUAUGUUUUAGGACCAAACCAAUUAAAUGUGUUUGGAUAAGGAGCACUUUCAAUUGGAUUACUGUCGUAGAUCUAGAGCUCAGUGAACUCGGAGAGUGUAUGUUGCUAUUAGCAUGUCUGCAGAGCAUGACAUCACAUAAGCUUAGCGGGAGCGCCCAGCACUGAGUCAGGAGUGACGGACCAAACCAACUGUUGAUUCCGGCACUCCCAGCACUGCUUUUCUGCAGUGCUGGUCCAGCUCUUUGUUUCCUGAUGCUGAUCAGUGUACUGGAAAGGCUUUUGUCUGUGCCCCCUGGAUGAUAAGCCUAGUGUAGCCCACUGACUAUGUGGCUAACUUUGGAGUAAGCUCUAUCAGGGCUUAGCCCUCUGUAAUCCAGGUUUAAAGAGACAAGCAGCAUCGCACUAUUUAUUCCCACUUUUCACUGUUUGGGGCAUGGAGCGUUGCUUGUAGUUGCAGCAGCAACAAUAGCGCUUUUACAUCUAUCUGUAGAUUUAUACCCAUACCUCCUGGUUCAUAGACACUUUGACAACUUGAUUUGUUCACGUCUAGACAGUGGGCUUUUUAAUAUGGCUUUGGAGUAGUUUCCCUUUAGAGAACUGGAGAUGACUGUACAUUAAGAGGCUGUUAUCUUUUAGACAUUGAGUAUGUUCAUCAAAGUUUCUCAGAGCCCAGAUCAGUGUCCUCUAGUUUCUGCUUUUUUUCUAGUUUCUGUGAGGUCCAAAGCUCCUAAGACUUUUCAUCCUCUUCUAAAGAAAUAAAACCUGAGAGAGAAGCUGACUUUGACUGUCAAACAAGUUUUCUAUGAAUUUGUUCCAAAUUUGCAAGUUGAUUGAUGAUCGCUGCCCAUACACUGUUAAACACUGUUGGAUGAAAUGUUCCAGUUGUGAUCUCUUGAUGUGAGAAAAGGAUAAAAACGUGGUCUGUAUUUAUGUUUCUGUACGUAUACAAACACAGUCUGUCGUAGUUUUAAAGAUACGACCUGUGACACUGUUGAUCAGAAGUUGCAAUCAUGUUAUUUUGCAGCAAUGAAAGUCUUUGAUCCCUUUUAUGCUUCAUUUGAAGAUCUGUUGGUCAGCUGUCUCUGCAGUAAUUGUCUAGUAAUUGUAAAAUUAUGAAAGGAGAUUUAUGAUGCUGCAGAUGAAGUCUGUUAUAUUUGUGUUGAAAGAAAACAAGAGGUCUGUGUUCACAUGAAAAAAGUGAAGUCAAAUGCUGUAAAAUGUCUUCAUCAUAACACUUCACUCCUGCUUAUUGUGCCUGAUGGCCCUGUGGUGCAUAGUAUUUCAUGAAAGACAAGAUUAACCUGUUUACAAAGGACAUGCGCGAGUCUUUUCAUAACAAUUAUCCAGAGGUGGAUCCUUAUUUUUAUUAUGUUUUCAUUCAAAGAGCUAGCUGAUGGUUUUCACAAAUCAUUUGAUCGUUUGCAUCGGCAGUGUGAAAAUGGUGGCAGUUUUCUGUGUGAGUCUAUCUGUGAUAUCUUGUUUUAACAUCCUGAUUAAUUCUAAUCUUAGUUUAAAAAAGCUGCUACUGUGAAGACAUAAUUGUGCAGUCUUGCCUUAGAGUUUAGCUCUAGUUUUGCCAGUAAGAGGAGCUUCAAUUACAGUCUUAAUGAUGUGAGACAAAUCUAUAAAGCCACACUCGAACUGUUAUUAUUCAUUCUCGAUCUGCGUCACUCUGAGUGUUUGGCAUUUAAGGGUGAACUCAUUCAUCUGUCUGCUGGUUUAGUCAAUCCUCUGUUCACACCCAGCUCUAAAAUAAUUGUUGCUGAGACGGUUUGAGGCGGUUCUGUCAACAUUAUUCAUAAGUUACCUGCUCGGUAGGCUGAGACAAAAUGGGUUUGCUGAAAAUCCAACUCCUCAUUGGUGGGCUUGUACAGCUUGUGUUAACAUCAGGCAGCACAUGUAGGAACGGGGUUUUGUUUUAGUCAGUGAGACCAACAGCCCGGAUUCCAAACUCCAUUAGGAGCUCUCUUGCAUAACACAGCAGAAUACACACACUCAGUGAUAUACAGUUACAUGGCAUCAUUCACACACCCUCUGUUAGCACGUCAGCUUGCAAAUAUUAUAAGCGGACUUAUUACUAGUAGGUCUGCUGCUCUGAGAUCAGUGAUUGUAAAAGCCUAUGAGAAUACCAACUGCUGUUUCUGUUGUUGAAGUCCUACAUUUUCCAGCAUUAAACUCAAGAUAACACAGAUUGAUGUGAGGUAUCAUUAUGAUAAAAUAAUCUGUCAGUUUUUUUUGUUCAAAAUUUUCAAAUGAUCUCUGUGUUUGGCUGCGUUCCGUGUGUGGGGUACGUGUGAAAAAGCCUGUUAAGGAGAGACCUGACAAACCUGCUGAAUUCUUUAGAUAGCACUAGUGAAAGUAGAUAAGAAGAACAGAAUGUUAUCUUUUUUCAGUACAGUUAAUGUUUUAUUUAACUAUAUGUGACAACCUGUUUCUUGGCCUUAUUUUUACUGUAGUUAUAUCCCAUUACCUUUUUAUAUUCUUUGUUUCAGAACAGUGCAAAUGGAGCACUAAUUAACUUCUUGUACAGUGUUUGCAGCAACAUCCUGUAGAAGGGAGGAAAUGGGUUUCAGUGCUUUCUCAUAGCCUUGGCUUGAACCGCCACCUAAGCAGAAAUACGUGCUGUUGACACCAGACCAGUUCCCACUGGUCAGGUUGGUCUUAGGUUCUGCAUCUCAUUUCUGUCUGCACUGAGCAGAAGCUUGUGUUGUUUUUUGCGGUUUGAUCAAUCCUUGUUUGUGUAUCUUGUUUGUACCUGCCAAUUCCCAAAAUUAAAAAAAAAAAUUGCUUCUAAAAUGUGUGGUUACCUGCUAAAGGGGCCUGUUCGACUGGAAUGCUAACAAACUGCCAGCAUUUGGCUGGUGGGAGGUGUUAACUUCCCAGUCUGGAAGCCUGUCUUGUAGUCAGAGCAUCAUGGUGUGUUGCUGCUCCUCCUGUGCAUCCUCACUUGGUGUUUCUAACAAAUUUUCUUAAAGGUGUGUUUGUGUGGCAUUAUUUUAUCUCCAUUGAACAUUAACUCACUUAUUCGCGGCCUAUACCAACUCUUUUUUUUGUUUUCUCAGUCAAGGGUUCUCGGCCUGGGAAGAACGUCCAGCUGACCGAGGGUGAGAUCCGUGGCCUGUGCUUAAAGUCCCGUGAAAUCUUUCUGAGCCAGCCCAUCCUGCUCGAGCUAGAGGCUCCCCUCAAAAUUUGUGGUGAGUUUGAUGCUGCAGUUUUAAUACUGCAUUAGGAGCAGGUGUGAAGUGCAAACUCCAAGUUGGUGCGUUGCUGGCCAACGCUACUGUUAGACAAACUGAUCAUUACCUUCUCCCCCGCCUUUCCGUGGAUCAGCUGACAGUUUGCUCAUCUGCAAUUAUCUUUUGUACAAGUUGUGAAGUGUACACUGGCAUGCAAAACAGCUACACCCAGCAGCAGUAAAAGCAUGAUGUUAUUACUGUGUUCCUCUGCUGCCCCCUGCAGGUGACGUCCAUGGCCAGUACUAUGAUCUGCUGAGGCUGUUUGAAUAUGGAGGCUUCCCCCCAGAAAGCAACUACCUGUUCCUGGGUGACUAUGUAGACAGAGGGAAGCAGUCACUAGAGACCAUCUGCCUGCUUCUAGCCUACAAGAUCAAAUAUCCAGAGAAUUUUUUCCUGCUGCGUGGAAACCAUGAAUGCGCCUCUAUUAAUCGAAUCUAUGGCUUUUAUGAUGAGUGUGAGUGCAGAGUACUUUUACAAACUAUACUAAUCAUCAACUGAAUUCUCCUGAAUAUUUCACUAACAGAUUAUUGAUCUUGUUCAUAGGCAAACGGCGGUAUAACAUAAAGCUGUGGAAGACAUUCACAGACUGUUUCAACUGUUUACCUGUGGCUGCCAUCGUAGACGAGAAAAUCUUCUGCUGUCAUGGAGGUAUGGUACGACGUACGAGAUGUUAUGGACGAUGACUGGAUAAUAGGACCCUGACUAAGAAGUGAGUUUGAUCUUCCUCCAGGCCUCUCCCCUGAUCUUCAGUCCAUGGAGCAGAUCCGCAGAGUAAUGCGACCCACAGACGUGCCUGACCAGGGUUUGUUGUGUGACCUGCUGUGGGCCGACCCAGACAAAGAUGUGCUGGGCUGGGGGGAAAAUGAUCGUGGUGUGUCCUUCACUUUUGGGGCAGAUGUGGUGGCCAAAUUUUUGCACAAACAUGACAUGGAUCUAAUAUGCAGGGCGCACCAGGUAAAGUUCAGCCAAGAGGCUUUUUGUCCUUGAUAGCUGAGAUAUAUCUCAGAAAGUUCUGUUGUGUUGUCUGCUGUUUUUAAUCAUUCUUUGUGAAACUGCAAACCCAGAGCCAAAGCUUUAAUAUAUCUGGGUUUCUUUUUUUUUAUUUGCUUUUUUAAAGGGAAAAAUAAUCUAUUCCCACACAUGAGACUAGGAGUGUGUAUCAUUUCCAAUCUUUGAUGCAGCUUGUAAUGUGUCAUAUUCAUCAUAGACAGUCUUGGUUACCUCUGCACUAAAUUGUAAAUCUCCAUUGCAUUGGUCAAGUGUCUUCCCUGCAAGUUUGUGCUCAUGUUGAACGUUUUAUUCAUGUCCUCAGGUGGUAGAAGAUGGUUAUGAGUUUUUCGCCAAAAGGCAACUCGUCACCCUAUUCUCGGCUCCCAACUACUGUGGAGAGUUUGACAACGCCGGUGCCAUGAUGAGUGUGGAUGAGACGCUCAUGUGCUCCUUCCAGGUUUGUAAAGCAGAGGUGUUUUGUGCUGGUGCAUGUAUUUUUUUUCCCAGUGGUAUAAAACCACAAUAAGUAUUUUGAAUGAAAUCAGCUGGAUGAUUUUGUCGCAUGUGUUGUUCCUCUAUGGAGUUUUUUCUCUUUUCUGUGAUACAAGUGUGAUAAAACUCAGACAAUCAUCAAACUUCCUGUUCAUGUCAAACUGAAUGGAACCUUUCCUCUCACAGAUUCUGAAGCCAGCAGAUAAGAAAUUGUAUCCUUAUGGUGGAGGGGGAGGAGUGGGAUCUGGGAGACCGGUCACCCCACCGCGAAAUUCAGCCAAGGCCGCCAAGGCCAAGAAAUAACACCCGCCUGAUCCCCUCCAUGUCCUGCCAGCCCCAACUGUCGGCCCAACGCCCUUUUUUCCCCUCUACCUCCCAAACUUGUUUCUCCCUUGUCACCAAAUGGCAACAAAGCAGAAAAAUGUCCAGGGUUCAGUCAUGUUUUCUCUCUCUAAAAUUAUUUUUUAACUGUUUGUUUGGCUGUUUGUGUGCAAUUUUUGUGUGAGUGUGUAAAAGAAAAAGUGAGUGUUUCAGAGGGAAUUGCUGCAUUCUGUUUUUUUUCCCCUCCCCUUUUACCCUCCGUUCUGCUUUUUUUAUUUUUUUUGUCAUCUUGUAGAGAUGAGUUGUCACCCAUCUGUGAUGUGGUUUCAGACGUGGGUGCAGGGGAGGAGGAGGAGGAGGAGGAGGGAAAGAGGAGCCUUUGCUGUUUAGGUUAAGGCUCUGCACUGUUUAAUGCUAAACACAAGCUUUUGUACAUCCUGUUUCAGAGGUGUGUGUGUGUCUGUGUGAUGGGUCGGGAGGGGGCAGGGGGCGGGAUCACACUGCACAGUCAAAUAGUAAAGGCACAUACUGCUUACACACACACAUGCGCGCGCGCACACACACACACACACACACACACUGACUGCACAGGUGGACAUAUGUGCAGGUGAGUCCUUGAAUAGAUAGGAUUCACACUGAGUAUGGGUAACGUUUUUCUUCCCUAUGAAAACCAAUGAUUUGACAACAUGGUCAUGGAUGUGAAAUAGUUUUUCUCUUCUUCUAUUUUGUAGAUACAUGAAACCUAAAUGGUUUAAUUUCUUUUCUUUUAGUUCACUGAAAGUUGAGGAUUAAUAAAAAAAAACCCUAUUUGAGUUAUGCUAUCAUGCUGAUCACUUUGUGUUUGCCAUUGCUUUGUUAUGUUAUGUCUCCUAUGUUUGGCUGUUGUUUUCUUUGAGUUUGACACCUUGUAUCAACUAAACAGCAGCCUGAAGAGAUGUCUAAUGAAUGAGAAUCCAAACUGUUUAUUCUAAAGUGUAAUACUUGGCCCAGCUAAAGCUUCAAAAAGGCCAUUUCACAUGUUGCUUCAGUGUGAUUUAGCCAAAGAUGAUUUGAAAUGGAAAUUCCUCUUUGACCCAGAUGUUGCCUGUUGAAUCACAAAAGUAGAUACUUGAUGAGAAGUCUCUUCAGUGGAAAAUGUUUAUAUUUUUCUAAUGAUUGCUGGUAGUAAGUUACUAAUGGCUUGUUUGUGAUUUGAACGUGAAUGGUUUUCAAUGCCUCACAAUGCUCACAAAAUACAAUAUCACCAUGUGCCGUUUAUGUUUCACUUCUAGAUAUUUAGUGCUGGAUAAACACAACAUCCUCCUGUGUCCUGAUGAGGAAGAGCCAUCUUUGCGGUUUUCCGUACUCUGCCGUGUUUAAAGGGAGAUGAGGUGGUGAAUCAUAGCUCUGACCUUUACAGUUUGAAGUGCGUUUGUAAAGACCACUUCACUUCAGGCCGUCAUGAAAACCAAGAGUGGGCUUAUUGUGAUUUAAACCCACACCACAUGAGAAUUGUGUGUGAGAGACUAGGAACAUGAGAGCUAAAGAAAUCAUGUUUGGAUAGGACUAAAUGAGGCUCUCUCUGAGGGGCAAUCUGAGCACAUAAUCAGCAUUUUACUGAAGGAUGAACGUAACUCAUUCAAGAUAAUGUUCAGCGGCCUCCCACUAAACCUAGCUUAAUGAUUAACUGCAACAUCAGGUAAAUCUUAUAUCAUGAGUGUUUAGCAUUUACUGAAUAAGUUUGUCUGCUUCAUAGAUGGUGCUACGUUAAUUAGCAGGACUGUGGAAGUGCUUCUCAGUGUGUUCCUACCUUUUAGCUGUAAUAAGCGUGAAGAGCCAUAGACCGAGAUCAGAUACUCCUCACACAGUGUUAGAAAUGAUCGAAGGGGAUCCUGUGACAACUGUGAACCUUCAAACAACACACCCCUCUGGUUUUAUAACUAUUUAAAGAACUCUUUGCUUCUUCAUUUAGGCUUAUCAAAAAGUAGGAACUAUUGUAAAAUACCACAGAAUAUCUCACAUUGGUCAUCCAGCAUCAGUCCAAGUUCACUUCAGGCAUACAGGGUGUCCCAGUUGAAACUGUCUUUAGUUCAGACUGUUACAACUGGUUUAGAAAAAUCUUUCUACAGUGUUUCAGGGUAUCCCACUGCCCAUUUCUUGCAAUGUAAACACACUCUGCCCCUGAGUACAUAUUGAGCAUGUCUGGCUUUGUUUAUCCCUCAUCUGUCUUAUUCUCCAGCCCUUAAACCAGUAAAUAAAGGCUCUAGUUGAGUGCAAGGCAUCUAGGCAUGCUGUCCUGGCCCCACCUUCACCUUCCCCUUUUGUAAGGAAGAGGUUUUUAACUCAGUACCUUUAGGAAACAUGUUUUGUUUUCUUAGAAAAUUAUAAUCAGUGUAAGUGAGCUUUAUUCAGAAUACUGCUUUGGCUUUUAACAGUUUCACAUAUGGAGGGCAGAUGUAAAAUUUGUAAAAUUGGAAGUCAAUGUGUGCUCAUGUUCAAUUCAUUUCCAGUAAGAUCAACUCAGGAAGUGAAAUUUAAAUGAAAAAACUAUUUAAGGAAGUCAUAUUUAUAUUCAUAUAGUAAGAAAAUAUACCAAUAAUUUCCGUUUUACAUGGCGUUCAAAAGUCUGAUGAUUUGUAGUUUAUGGUCGUGUUGGCUAAGUGGAAGUGAAUCUGACUUUGUCAUUGGGGGGAAGGGGCUGUGCUCACAGUGACCUGGUGCUUUAAAUGUCACUCUUGAUUUGUAAAAGACACAGGCCCACCUUUUGUGGAUUCAGUUCAUAUGAGUCAGAAAUCUCACACUGUACAGAAGUUUAUGGUAUUAAAGUCUAAUAGAAUUAUAAAAAGUGAAAAUUGAUGUUUGGGAGACCAGAUUGUGUCUCUGCUGUUAAAAAAGCAUUGAAGUGGCUCCUUUUAAGAGAUCAUAUUUAGUACUGACACAUUAUGGAACGUGUAGAUCUGUGUCUUCUGAUAAACAGAGAGGACACUUUCAUUCCCAUUUUCAUAGCUGUACAAACCUUUGCUUAAAACAUUUUUUUAUUCUUACUCUAUAUUUACUGUUGUUAUUACCUCUAAGAAUCUGGUCUUUAUUUACUUUUUUUUUUUUUUGUUCAUAUUAUUUUUACUGACAAAUUUAACGCUAGAUACUGCAAGCUUAUUAGUGUAGGAUUUUAUAAUCAAUCAGGGAUGUUUUGCACCAUGCACUGUUGCUGGGUAGAUUUGAAAUGAUUAGAUAAUUACAGUAAAGAAAAAGAAACAGAAGAUAUGAACUGUAUUUUUUAUUUGUAUUUCUUUUGUUUUUAAAUCAAUCACAAAUUGUCUCUGUUAUAAGGUAGAAAUAAAAGAUAGAAUUUGUAUA